UGCUAAACUCGGAUUUGUUUAUUGGUUACUCCUUGGGAACAGCUGCUUUGAGCGGCUAGUAGCUAGCUACAGACUAGCUAACUUAACUGUAGUCAAAUUAUAUUACUCCUUUCCACCUUUUACAUUUCACGGGGUGACAGUUGCCAUGGAGCCUGCCUGCCGUAAAGACAAGCCAAAACUGAACUCUACCCCGACCAGAGGAGACAGAGCCAAGCAGAAGUCUGCUCAGCAAGAGCUCAAACAACGACAGAGAGCUGAGAUUUAUGCUUUGAACAAGGUGAUGACAGAGUUGGAACAGCAGCAGUUUGAGGCCUUUUGCAAACAGAUGCAGUCACAAGGAGAAUAAUGAGUUCAGCCCAACCUCUUUCAUCUGGACCAGGCCCUGUCACCCUGCAGAAACACCAUGUAUGCACACUAUUACCGACACAAAGUCACGCUUAAACCUACACUGAUGUUCAAUAAUAUGAUCUUUGCUCUAAUGUGUUACUGAUUCAAAUUUGUGAAGCUUUCACCUGGAUAUGCCAGAGAGUAUUUUGUUAACUGAAAGCAUUGUAGGUGAAGGAGUCCAAACAAGAACAACUGGAAGCAGAGUUCCAUAUUUCAUCGGGUCUUUACUUAUAUAUAUAUAUAUAAUAUUUGUUGCAUUUCUGUAAUGGUUAAACUGAGCUUGCCUGCUCAUUUUUUCAAUACUGUCCAAACUGAAAUUUACAUGUACUGAGUUUCUGUGGUUGACCAGGUCAAACUCAGAUGAUCUGUAAGUUUACUCACCCAAGUGGCAGCAGUGUUAAUCACUCUGGAAGGGCAAUGGUGAUCAAUUUUCUCAGGUGGUCAGAUCCCUUCCAGUUAAAAGCACUUUUGAAAACGGGCUUCAGAGCUUAUCACCUCUCACUAGUAGUUUUCUCAAGUCAGAAGUGUAAUGUAAGCAUCUUUGAGGAACAAUUUUUUUCAGAGAACCAUCCAAUGUGUUUUGCACUCCCAUGUACAAAACAUCCAUUCAUGUGAAGACAAUGAAGUUUUUAAUUGAUGAAUGAUGACUGAAAAGUUUUUAUUCUGUUUUCUUUGUCACUCAGGCUGCAAUUUGCGAUUUGCUUGCUAACAGCACUACAGCUGGAUAUCACAUUGUUUUUGGCUCUGUGAUCUAAUGAAAUGCUGCAGUGUCUCACAUUUGCCAUGAUGAAGGAAAAUAUUGACUGAACUGAAAAAGUACUAGUAAUUUUAGCAACUGUUGAAAGACUGCAAUUCAUAGAAACAAUGUCAGAACAUCAGUGACUCAUAAACAUAUAUUAAUGUAGCUUUAAAACAGGCGGUGCCCUUAAAGCCGGGGUAGGCAGUUUCAUUAUGGCGUCAAUGGGCAAAAAUCCAAUAAUUCUUUCCAGCAUAUUUUAAUUCAAGUGGAUAAUCAAAAUUAGACUUCUGUACCUUAUCCUGGCUCUGUUUUUAGGCUUUGGAAAAUCUAGCUCGGAACGAUAUCACUGUGCAGAAGGAAGUGUGCAUCUACGGCAGUAGAUGCACACUUCCUUCUGCAGGUGUAGUUCAGUAGAAAGAAAAUAGUUCCUACAUGAAACUGCUCACAACAAGGUCUGUGGAUUAUCUUGAGUAACCAGGUUAUGGUUUCUGGAAAGAGACAUUGCUGUUGAGUUUUUUUAAAUGUAGUUUUUGGCGCUUUGAGCACCACACACCGAGUGCCACCUAAUUCCAUUAAUUGCAGGGAAGGCAGACAGCUCUACAGCUGAUGUCUCCAACACUGCAACUCACAACAGAACAAUCUAGAUUGAUAAAUAGAAAAGUACAGGAAAAUAUGUACUUUUUGAUUUUGGGGUUACUGUAUGUUGUGGCUGCACAUGUCUGUGCUUGUCUGAUGGGAAGGAUUUAGGACAGAGAGGGGAAAGCUGCAGGAGGAGGGUCUAUUUCCAAAUUCUGCUUUGUGUUUGUUUUGCUUUCUCCAGAAAACUGCCUGCCCCAGCUUUAAUAUGCCAGUGUUAAUGGUGCUCACCUUGAACACUGUCUUGUGAAUGACAUUGUAUGCAGUGCCAAUAGUGUCGCAUUCACAAGUUUUGCAAUCUUAACAACUUCUAUUUAUGGCGUUGACUGCAAAAUAUUUUUAUUGUUAAGAACAGUAUGUCAACUUUCACUUGAGUUAUACAAGUUUGAUUUAAUGAAAAUAAAAAUGAGUUGUUUUUUAAAA